UAUAGAGAGCGACUGAGAAGCUGGGUUUUUAAAGAGAAGAUAAGGCCUUUUCCUUCUUUUCUCUGUUUUUGCAGUGCCAUUCUUAUGCUUACGCUUAUUUCAAAUUAGAGACGCUUCAGGUUCUUGCUGUCCAUUUUCUCUUUCCUUUUCACAUCAGGUGAUAUGGAAAUGGCCAGCACUUGUUCAAAUGGGAGUAGCCUCACGUGGUUUUUCAGGGAUAAAGGUUUUGAUGAUAAGAGCAUUCAUGAAAUGUUCAGAAAGUGCAAGCGCCUUGAGGGUCUGCAAAGAGAAAGAGCAUCUGAAAAUUGGAGUUAUCUCAAAAGUGUUGGAAUCCAAGAGAGAAAGCUCCCUUGUGUCAUUUCAAAGUGCCCCAAAAUCCUUACACUUGGCCUCAACGAGAAACUCAUUCCAAUGGUUGAGUGUCUUUCUACGCUGGCUACAAGACCACAUGAUGUUGCUUCUGCUAUAACCAAGUUCCCUCACAUACUGUCUCAUAGUCUUGAAGAGAAGCUCUGUCCCCUUUUGGCAUUCUUACAGGCACUAGGAAUUUCUGAAAAGCAACUUGGUAAGAUCAUAUUGCUUAAUCCAAGGCUCAUCAGCUACAGUAUUGAAUCCAAGCUCACAGAGAUUGUGCAAUUUCUUGCUGGUCUCGGCCUUAGUGGAGAUGGAAUGAUUGGUAAAGUGCUUGUGAAGCACCCCUUCAUUAUGGGUUACAGUGUUGACAAAAGGUUGCGGCCUACUUCAGAGUUCCUGAAGUCAGUUGGCCUGACAGAGUUGAAUCUUCAAACAGUAGUCAUGAACUUCCCUGAAGUUCUGUGUAGAGAUGUGAACAAAAUCCUUCAACCCAAUCUUGCUUAUUUAAAGAGAUGUGGAUUUCAGGAUAGACAAAUAGCUGUUAUGGUGACUGGUUAUCCUCCAAUUCUGAUCAAGAGCAUUAGAAAUUCUUUGGAACCUAGGAUCAAGUUCUUGGUCGACAUAAUGGGGAGAACAAUUGAUGAAGCUGCUGCCUACCCCAACUUCUUUCAGCACAGUUUGAAGAAGACACUGGAGUCACGGCACAGACUCUUGAAACAGAAGAAAGUAGAUUGUAGCUUAAAUGAGAUGCUGGAUUGUAAUGAAAAGAAGUUCUUACUGAAAUUUGGUUUGCUUGAAGUUUCUUCCUGAGAUUAGUUUGUUCUUUCAGUCUAGGCAAACUUCCUAUUUCUGUGACUGGAUUUAAUUUGUACAUGAAUUUGCGCAGAUCAAUGAGAACUCGAUUUCCCUGA